CUGUGCAUGACUUGAGCGACUGCUCUUUAGUAACUCAGUAGCGCUUUGCCAUCACCAUGUCUAUCCACUGCAAACUGGCUAUACUGAUAACUGUGCUGACUCUUGAGAAUCACGUUCACUCAGGGAAAAUCGUUGGAGGUCAUGAAGCUGUGCCACAUAGCAGGCCAUACAUGGUGCUUUUGGAGAGGCACAUGUCAAAUGGUCAGAUAAAGUACUGUGGUGGCUUCCUUCUGAAUGAGGAUUUUGUGAUGACUGCUGCCCACUGUCAAGCCAAAAAUUAUACCAUCUCACUAGGAGUUCACAAUAUACAUGGGAGUAAUGAAAUCCAACGCAUAUCCGUGGAACAAGCAUUUCCACAUCAGCACUUCAAUGGAACUUCUUUUGUGAAUGAUGUAAUGCUUCUGAAGUUGACCUCUAAGGCAAAGUUCAGUGGGAAUGUGAAAGCUAUUCCUCUGGCAGGCCGUAUUGAUGGUGCUUUGCCAAAAUCAUGUCUAGUCCCUGGCUGGGGACGAACAGACAGGAACAGUAAAUAUAUCUCUCCCAAACUCAUGGAAGUCAAUGUAACACUGAUUGACAAUGAGGCGUGUUUUCUGGAAAACUUCUACUGUUCUCAGGGAGAGACUGGACCAGCUGAGGGAGACUCUGGUGGUCCAUUGGUCUGUGAAGAUGGAAAGGCUUUUGGGGUGGUGUCCAGUGCAGUCACACCACACUCAGGUGGCCCUGAUAUCUAUAGGUACUCUAAGAUUCCUGACUCCAGAGACUGGAUCUUAUGGACCAUGAGAAAUGCCAUGAUAACGAUGUAAUACUUGUGAACGCAGGUUGUUCAAAUCACGUUUGGCUUAACUUGUUUGUGUUAAAGAACUGAUCACUGCAAUGCUAAUAUUGCGUUUGGGCUUUGCUGUCUUUGGGCAGAUUUAAAUAGAAUAUACUUUACUUUUAUGUAUCCACAGCAAAAAAUGUGUUUGAAAAAUUGAGAUUAAAUGUUACAUGUUUUGUAUUUUAUGAU